AUGAUUCGGACGAACUACCUGGUCGUAUGUAUUAUAUACAUCGCAGCCUCGCCACUGCUGCUGCUGCCGCCGCAGGUGGCCGGCGUGAGUAACCUGGGUGAAGCGCUGGUACAGGCCAACUCCAAAGGGUUUCCGGCAGGCCUGCUGUACAGCGUGGCCGGGCUGGAGGGCCGUUCGGGCAACGACAAGGCGCUUUUGGCCGCGGCCCUGGAAUCGCCGAAGGUGCAGCAGGACGCGAGGAAGGCAGCCGUCGAGUACGCGGUCAAGGACCUGCCGACGAGCCGCGAGAAUACUGACGGAUACUGCUCGUACUCGUGGCUGAGAUGGUUGCCGUUCAUGGAUUGCGAGGCGGCGGCCACAGAGGUCCGACAGGCUAUUCAACUGGUCAACCACAAGCGUAACUGUAUGCGGUGA